UUGAGUAGCGACAAGCAAACGAAUACGAAUACGAAUUCACAUUCGAAUAGAAAACGAAUACAAUUUGAGAGUGUGAAUAUAAAAAGAAGACAAACAAUAAAAUGGUAUCUGUGGAAACAAUUGGUUCGAUCUUCAUCAAAGCGCUUAAGCUGAUCAUCAAUUUGGUGGUGAUAUUUCUAUAUCGCUGGGGCGAUGGCGGCGAAUUCCUGGGCAUUGGCGGCACCUGGAAUCUGAACGAGGAGAAGAGCGCCGACGCGGAAAUCGUGGCCUCAGGUGUUAUGGUCGGCUUCAUAAUAUACACGGGCUGCCACACGAUUGCCUACUUCUUUGGCACCACCAAACACAAGGGCGAGUUGUGUGACACCAUCAUGAAUGUGGUGGGCACCUUUAUGUGGAUCGCCGUUGGCGGUGUGGCGCUUCAUUACUGGAAGGGCUAUAUGUCCGACGAGGGCUUUCUGUACGUCAACUCGGAACGCCAGGUGGGCAUUGCCAUGGGCUCGCUGUGCGUCGUCGAGGGCGCACUGUAUCUGCUGGAUACCGUGUUGGCCUGCAUACACUACUCCAAGGGCGACACCGACUACACGCAAUGAACCGCGAAGAACAAGUAGCUAACAUCGGAGGUGAAGCACCGCUGGAGCAACUGCCGAAUUACUGACAACAAAUUUUUUUCAUUUCUACAAAUUUGAGUUAAUUCUAAGUGCAAAUUAGUCAUAAUCUACUUAUCGAGCCACUUGUGUAUGAUUCGGAUAUCAUUUUAUCUUAUUUACACGCUAACAAACCAUUUAUCUUUCGCUCCAGCUAUACACUUUGGCUAAUACAAAUUGUUAAGAUCAAUACAAACAAACAA